CAUUGUUUACUGCACUGCAACAGAAAUGAUGCAUUAAGUCUUAUCUAUGCAGAUGCGAGCGCUUAUUUCGCAAAUAAUUAAAAUUGUUUAGUUUUAACUCGUUCGCCAUGAGUGAUCAACGCGUUGACUAACUUGGGUCAACUUGUGACUAACUUUAACUACAUAAAUUCCAACAAUUUUUCGGCGAAUUUAAGAGGAAAACUUGAUCCUGAAACCACCCUUACUAACGAGACGAUUAGUGAUGUUUAUAAUAACUGGUGUGCAAAUUGGGUAGAGCAAUUUAGUGAGAUUACAAACACAAACUGGAUAGUUCGGUAUACAUUUCCAAACAAAACGAAAUAUCUCUAUCGUAAGGUAUACACUUGUCAUCACAACAAUUUCGAUAAAGUUAAAAAAAGAAAACGGGAAGACACAAGACAGCGGGCCAAAGACUGUAAUGCAAAAAUAAGUAUACUUUUUAAGAAAAUCAAUCGCAAUACGAUACGAAAUGAUAGGUAUUUGAAGAAAGGACUUAACAUAGUGAUCGAGAUCUUAUUUCAACAUUCACAUGCAGUAGCUGUAGCAGAAGCCUUUAGUUACUUGCGAACUUUAAGGGAUACCGAGGAAACGUUUUACAAUUAUUUUGAGGAUGGUAUGACUCCUGCAGUUGCGAAAAACUUCCAUGAAAUAUCUCUUGAAAAUGGAAACGAAGAAUCUGAAAUUGCAAAAAUUCUAGCUAAUGCCCAAGUAAAUCCAACAGAGAGACAAAUAAAACAUUUGUACUCAAAAUGGAGGAGGGCAAAUUUUGGAGGUAGAGAAGCUUUUGAUAUGUUGGCUGUCUUAAAGAAAAAAAGAGAAUGCUACGAAGAAAAAAAUAUUAAAGUCAUUAUACAGGAAAAUCCACUGAUCGUUGUUGUCUUAACUCCUAUUAUGAUGAGAGCUCAUUCCCAGGAGUUUGCACAUGAAAUGGUAUUCGUAGACUCUAGUGGUUCCUGUGACCAAACAAGUACAUGCGUUACAUUUUUAUUUUGCGCAACAAAAAUUGGAGCCAUCCCACUUGCUUGCAUUCUUCAUACCGAGCAAACUGAAAAAAACUACACCGAGGCCUUUAAAUUAUUACGAGAUUCUUUGAAAACUGAUGGCUUUGGGGGCUAUGGUUUCCCUCAAAUUUUAAUGAGUGAUGACUCUGCUGCUGAAAGAAAUGCGCUGGAAUCAGUUUUUCCCGAGUCUCGCAAGUUACUUUGCAUUUUUCAUCUUCUUCAGGCUUUUUGGCGUUGGUUGUGGAACAGCAAGAAUGAUAUUGGGAAACAAGACCGAAAACACAUUAUGGCACAUUUUCGCAGGGUGUUAUACGCCACCACAAAUGACGAGUUGAGUGAAAAUUUCAGCAAAUUUAUGAAUGAUGAAGUUAUAAAAAAGUAUGGUAAUUUGAAAUUUUAUAUUUUGGACUACUGGGCUCGAAAAGAGGAAUGGUCGCUGGCUUGUAGAAGCAAUUUAUUGACGCGAGGGAAUAACACGAACAAUUACGUGGAAGCUUCGAUCAGAAUUUUUAAAGAUAUAGUCCUAGAAAGGUGCAAAGCCUUUAAUUCGUGUGCGCUCAUUGACUUCAUUGCAAGAGUUUUGGAGUCUUACCACAAGAGACACCUACUUUCUUUUGCUAAUUUUCGAAGUUCCAAAAAUGAAUUAGCGUUUAGACGCAUGUUAAAAUCAUCCGCGUUAUUGUCGGUAGAAGAAGUAGAUGCUAGAACUUGUUUGGUAUCUUCUGAAAAUGAUGAAAAUCUUUUCUAUACUGUUCAUUUGGAUGUUGGGUUUUGCGAUUGCGUCUACGGGCAAGGAGGAAGAUUUUGCAAGCAUCUAUGUGCCAUACAAAAUAAAUUUGGUAAAAUUUUUCCAACAUCCCCUCGAUUAACUAUUGGGGAUAGGAAGUUAUACGCCGAAAUAGCACUUGGACCAGAUGCCCCGAAAGAUUUUUAUAAUGACAUGGAGGAAGAAAUCGAAAAACAGGAUGAGGUCACACAAUACACCGUAGCGAAUGAAGAGGAUCGAAUUGGAGCAACCACGGAAUCACCAAACGGCGAAGAACCGAUUCAGCACCUACAUGGAGUUCAUUCAUCCGCAGUUGAAGAGUUAUUUACACAUUUCGAAAAACUUAGAGAUGUUGCAAAAAAUUGCAAAACACCCGAGAUGACAAACGGCAUAUUGAAAUUAAACAAAGUCAUUAGACAAAUUUCGACUCCGAUGCAAAUGUUAAAUUACAUUCACAGCGUUAAACAAUCCCAAAGAACCCGUAAAAUCGGAGUUCAGGCCACUGCAAUCAGCCGAAGAAAAUUACGCCCUGGCUUAACUUCAGGAGCAAAGCGUCGACAAGCUGGACGUCCUUCUGCGCUUGAAAACAAUCAAACAAAAAAACGACGGCACAAUCUGGGGCUGAACAUAACACAUAAUAGACCAAAUGCAAAAUCGCAUUAA